AUGGCGGCACCAACGGGGCUGGGCCUGGACAGAGAUUUAGAUUCAAGGUGGGACAGCGCACCUGGACGGCCCUCGGCAGACCUGUCCCCUCUGUCUGCUUGGGACCCAGAGUGGGUGCAGGAAAGGGACGGGGACCCCGGGCUGUGUGUGGGGUUCGGGAAGCUUCUGUGCGCUGCCCUGUGGGACACCCCCAACCUCUGCCCUGUCCUGAGGGUCAUGGGGGGCCAUGUCUGUGGUCUUGGGAGACCGCAGGCUGCCUGUCGUCCGCUGUGUGGACACAUCCCCUGGACUGGGGCUCCCCUCCCCCAGCUCCCUGCAGCACCCCUGCUCCCUGUCUCCUCAGGUCCACGGGGCCCGUGUGGAGGAACCGCCUUCCCCAGCUGCAGCCUGGCCCCUCAGUGGAGCAACCAUUGCAGGCUGAAUCAGAACCAGCUCUUCGGGAGUCCUUUCCAGCAGGUUCUGCAGGUGCAGGGCGGUGGCCGAAUCACAGGGGCAUCUGGCACUGCCCGCCUGGUGGGGUGGAUCAAGAACCACGUGUACCUCAAAGGCUCCUGGCAACUGCGGACAUCGCAGAAGCCCAUGCUGCGGAUUCUCUUACCUGUGGACCCCAAAGGGAACCCUGAGGAGGAGCCUGGGGUCCAGAACAGGGAUUCUGAAGACACUGUGGAGCUCAAAUUGAAGAACUGCCUGUCCCUCAGAGGUUCCAGGCUCUUGCAGACAUCGCAGAAGCCCAAGCUACUGAUGCUCUUUCCUGCUGACCCCAAAGGGAACCCACAGGAGGUGACUGGUUUCCAGAGCAGGGAUCCCAAGGAGACCGUGAAGCCCAAGUCCCAACCCCAGCGUCCCUGCUCCGGGCUACCUGGAGAACUCGCCAUUGGGCCAGGGCUGCACGCAUUCCUGGGGGCUGUCACCUUCCUCUGUCCCCUGAGCUCAGUCCUGGAUCAGACCACACCGAGCCCCAGGGGCUCUCAGAGGCCUGUCCUUCUGUGUGUUUGCCUCUGGCACCCCUGCUUUGGCCCUGAAAGUUUCUCUGUCCAGGGGCGAAAGUUCUGCCAGGACUGGUUCACCUCGAACUGCCUGUCCCUCAGAGGCUCCUGGCAGCUGUGGACAUCGCAGAAGCCCAUGCUGCGGAUUCUCUUACCUGUGGGCCCCAAAGGGAAGCCUGAGGAGGAGCCUGGGGUCCAGAACAGGGACUGUGAAGACACUGUGGAGCUCAAAUUGAAGGUCGGACACCUGGAGGCUGAGGAUGACUGCCCUGUUGUCCCUGCUCCAUGCUGCAUGGACAAUUCCCCAUUGGGCCAGGGGCCCCAUGGUCUCCUGGGGGCCGUCACCUUCCUCUGGCCCUUGGGUCUGGAGCUGGCUCAGCCCCUGCUGAGCCCCAGGGGCUUUCGGAGGUCUCUGCUCCUCCAGGCCUUCCUCCAGCUCCCCUGCUGUGGCCCUGGAAGGUUCUCUGUCCAGAGGGGGCAGUUCUGGCAGGACGGGGUCACCUCGGUGAGGGCCCGGCCUCAGGCCUCCGUCCACGUCCAGGUCAGGAAGUCACUGCUGCCCUUUGCCAGCGUCAGGCCCGAAGGCCCUGGAGCAGCGAGAGGUUUCAACCUUGUCAUGGAGGGGAGACUCUGCCCUCGUCUUAAUUUUUCACGUAACUUUUUCAUUCAUUUCUUGGUUCCUCUUUUUGAGUUAAUUUUUUAACUUU